AUGGAUCACUGCAACUCCACCUUCAGCGACGGUGCAGACAUCAGCAGCGUCUUCACCAGGCAGGUUGUCCCGGUGCUCUACUGCCUCAUCUUCGCGGUGGGUCUUCCUCUCAACUGCAUGGCUGCCUGGAUCUUCUUCAGAGCUCCCGGAGACUCUGCCCUCAUGGUCUACCUGAAGAACAUGGUGGUAGCUGACCUCCUGGUGUUGGUCACCGUUCCCUUCAGAGUGGCAGAUGACCUGAACCCGAACACCACUUAUCUGCGAGUGAUCGUCUGCCGAUACACGGCCAUGCUCUUCUACACCUGCCUGUACUUGGAAAUGAUCUUCACAGGUUUCAUCAGCCUGGAGCGCUUUAUCAAGAUACUCAACCCCACUUCCACCACCCCACCCACCUCCUCCAACUCUGGGAUCAGCUUCCAUGUGAUGAACUUCCUAAUCCUCUUUCAGACCCCCGCCUUUGUCCGGAAGAUGACCCUCCUCACAUGGGGGCUCCUGGUGUCUUUUGUCCUACCUAAUGUUGUGCUGGCCAGCCAGCCCCCCUGCAACCAAAGCUACCGAAACUGCAUGCAGCUGAAGACGAAGCUGGGACUGGACUUUUACUACGUGACCGUCUAUUUUAGUGUGGGAGUCUUCUUGUUGACGUUAGUCGUCCUGGUCUCCAGCUACACCUUCAUUUCCUGUCAGAUUUACAAACAACACCGGCGCUUUCAACAGGACAGUGCUGGCGUCUACCACAGGUGCACCCGCAACAUCUUCAGCACCCUGUUCGUGUUCUUCGUCUGCUUUGUGCCCUUACACGUCCUCCGUUUGUUUGGGGAUACUCGGAGCAGCUUCCUGCAGCACCACCUGAUGGAGGGGGCCCUCUUGCUGGCAGCACUGAGCAUCUGCUUCAACCCCAUCCUCUACUUCCUGAUGUGUCCAAUGACGUUUUACCGGACGCCGUACCAGACGCCGUACCAGACGCCGUACCGAACGCCGUACCGAACGCCGUACCGGAUGCUGGACCGGACGCCGUACCGGACGCCGUACCGGACGCCGUACCGGACACUGUACCGGAUGCUGGACCGGAUGCUGUACCAGACGCUGGACCAAACACUUUACCGGAUGCAGUACCGGAAACUGUACCAGAUCCUGGACCGGAUGCAGUACCAGAUGCGGUACCCGAGGUGGACUGAUCCUCGGGACGCGUCCAGUACCAGUAUCCUAACCUGGUAA